GUUGAUCAUUGUUCCUCAUUCUCUCGCUGUCUGUGGCCGUUUGAACGUCGGUUUGUCCGUUAUCGUUUCGUUUCGUGUGUGCAGUUCGAAUUUGUUGGUUUUGUGUGUUGGGUGUUUCGUUUCGGCAGUGACUCUGUGAACCAAAAAUCAAAAAGAAAUGGCUGGAUUCAAGUAUACGUUGGGCAUCAAUGAGCUGUCGUCGAGAAAGCAUAAACUCACAAAUGCAUUGCUCGCCGAAUUUGUGGGUAUAUUCCUAUUGAACUUUUUUGCGUGUGCUGCGUGUACGUUUGGUGAUAACACGACGAUGUCAUUUGCGUUUGGUUUGACUGUUUUCGUGGCCGUUAUGGCAAUCGGACAUGUUAGCGGUGGUCAUAUUAAUCCAGCGGUGACUGUGUCAAUGUUGGUCACUGGCAAAAUUAGCCUUGUACGCGCUUUGCUCUACAUUUUACUUCAAUGUCUUGGUGCUACGGCUGGAACUGCUUCGCUUAAAGCACUCGUGCCUGACUCGUAUCACAAUGGGCUUGGACAUACGAAUUUGGCCCCCGAAUUUACACCGUUGCAAGGAUUGGGCUUGGAAUUCUUCCUCGGAUUCAUUCUCAUUUUCACCAUUUUUGGCGUUUGCGAUGGCAAUAAACCAGACUCAAAAUACGUUGGACCAUUGGCGAUUGGAUUGGCCGUUACGGUUGGACAUUUAGGAACGAUCAAAUAUACCGGCGCUAGCAUGAAUCCAGCUCGUACAUUUGGAACAGCUGUCAUCACCCACACUUGGGAAAAUCACUGGAUCUACUGGGCCGGUCCCAUUCUAGGUGGUGUGGUUGCAUCAUUGCUGUAUACACAAGCCUUCAGCGCUCCGGAGAAUCAGAAUGAAAAUGAUCGCAGUGGCAAAUACCGUACCGAUGCCACCGAAAAAGAGGAAAAAUAUUUAGAUGUCAAGUACAUUGAUGACGUUUGAACAGAAAAAAAAUAAUGUAAAAUCACGAGCCAUCUAUCAAAUGUGAGUGAGCGCAAGUACGCGCCCGCUCACCUCAAUCAAAUUCAGUUGUGUUUUAUUCCUAAACAAUUUAUUUUUUGUGCAUAAGUUUCAUUUUGUUGUUGUUGUGUGUGGAUUGAUCGGAAUAGAAAGUGAGAAUGACGCUUGCUACCCGUAUCGCGCCGAUUGUGAAUCACAAAUUGUUCAGACCAAACGAAUAAAUCUAAAAACAAACGAACGAACAAUCUAAAUCAAAUAUAGCAAAGAGCUACCGACAAAUUACGCAAAAAUAUCAUAAAUCAUGACAGUCUGUCAUUCAACCGCUCUUUUCCAAUGAAAAUGUUAUCAAUUAUCAAAAUGUACGUACAUGAGAAGAACACAAAUUAAAUGGUUUUUAUGCAAUUGCCUCUAAAAUGUUUGUCAUGCUUGUCUCUGUCUCUCUCUCUCUGUCUGUGUGUGUGUGUCCUGUGUUUAUGGUUUUAAUCAAUUGUGUGACGUUCAAUUUCAUUAACUUAUGACUGGGUUAUUCAAUGAAUGUUAAGCUCUUGAUAACAGCACCUGAGAUCUUUUUUUUUCUAAUUAUUUUUUAGUUUUUUUCUUUGUUUGUUUGACGUUGUUUGAAACAUUGAAUAUGCCGAUCAAUUUACACUUGUUUUAUGUCUGUUUGAAGUGUGCUCAUUGAAUGUGCUAACCCAAGUACUUCGAGUCGUUUGUGUCGCGGCUUUUCAACAACAUUUGCUAAUCACAACCCUGUUCCAUCGACGUUUUCAAUCGACGCCUCAUUAUUUAAUAUUGACCAUAUUUUCUUACUUGUAGAUUUCAUUUUGCUUCAUCGUCAUUCAUUUUUGAUCUUGCCCUUUGAUCGUUUGCAUCUUCAGUAUUUCACAUUUUUUUGCAUCUUCAGUUUUUCCUCGCACUUUUUUUUACAUUCUUAAUCGCAUUUUUCUAUAGGUUUUCAUUGCAUGUUUUUGCUUUUUCAUUUUUUUUUUUACAUUUUUUACUUCUCCAUGUUUUCCUUUUAUCAAUGACAAAGUCCGUGUUACCUUGAUAAAGUCAGUGAGUGUACAUUUUUAUGCAUCUUGAUCAUAUUUUUUCCUCAUGUUUUGUCCAUUUAUUGCUUCUCGUUUAUUUUUCGCUAACUUAUUUGUCAUUGCAUGGUGUAGCAUAGAUUUGUGUUUCAUAGCAUAAUAAUGUCAGAGCAUAAGAGUCUACUGCAUGAGCCUGAAACUGCACAGCCUUAGAAUGCAUACCAGUUUGGUGUUUUUUUUAGAGUAGAUGUCUUCACAUGGAAUGUAGGUUACCAUUUUGAAUUUCGUUUUUCCGUUUCUAUUUUGAAUUAUUUCAAUAUCAUCUGAAUCCAAUCGACAUAUCCAUACGUUCACACAGUCGAAAAAGUAAAUAAAUCGUUCGCUUCAUCAAAUCGGAGACAGAGAAUGGUAAGAAAAUGCGCCGUGUCACCGAUUCGCUAAGCUAUUCGACAAAUGCGUUUAGUAGUUAUUAUUUGCUUUGGGUGUUGUUGUUUUUUUGGUUGCACAUUAGGGCGGAUCGAUUUUUAAAACCAUAUUUCCACAUAGCAUGUAUAUUAUCCGUUGUAUACUAUUCACUGGGUACUAUUCAUUGGAUAGUAUUCAUUCGAUACCAUGGUAUCCACCCGGGUUCUUCCAUAAGCGAAAAGCGGUCUCCAAAUAAAAAAAGUUUGUUCCACAAUUUUGGCCACAAAGAUCUCUAAGAUGCCUCAGGGUAUUUAGAAACGAUUCUCUGGGUGGUGACCUUGGACGUUUUCGUGAACAAAUCCAGACAUCCGUGGAUCUCUUAAAAAUUUGAGGUUGUGCGGCACAACUUGUGCCUAAGAUUCAAGCCUUGGUUUGGUCAUUCAUCACUUUCCGACGGUCAAUACAGUGCCAGUCAAAAGUCAAAAAAAAAAAAUCCUCACUUUUAGUCAUUCUCAUCCAUAUUUAGUUCAUAUAUGAAUCAAAAUAAUAAAAAAUCGAUUCGCCCUAUGUAUAUAACACACAAGGUCUUCACACGCCACAUACCGCACGGCUUCGAUUUCGAAGCGACACCGAAUUUACUGCACCUGUAAUUUAUUCACCUGCAUUUUAUGUAACUGAUUUGAUUUGCAUUAAUUUUGUCGUUCGCAUGCACCAAAACUACAUUUCAAACCAAAAACACACAAUCCAUAGAACAAAUGAUGCACAAAAAUAGAGCGAUUUUGUAAAUAUAAAUGCAAAAAAGAAGGGAUCAAAUUGAUUUGAGCCGCCGUUUCAUCAAAUGAAACAAAAUACUGUGUAAAUAAUUUAUAACAUGGACCAAUCUGCCUUCAAUAUCGUGUCUUCUUUCUCGUUUCAGCUUCGGCGUCUAGAUCGUGUCGCUUAAUUUUAUUUAAGUUCGAACGAAAAAAAAAAAGAAAA